CCCCUUUCACCCCCUUUUUUUUCUUCUUCUUUUUCUAUUCUGUGAUUUUUAGUCCUUCCCGUUCUACAUUAGUUCUUUAAUAGCUCUGCCAAAUUCUACUCCAAUAAUGAUUUUGAUGCAGGUACCUGCAGCAACUAUUGAUACCAGCCACGAGUCUGCAGCCAACUUCCUUCAACAUUCUUUGUGGGCUGCGGAUAAUACUGUGGGACUCCAAUUUCUGGCUGAGGAGACUAUGACAGCAUUUCUUUCAAAAGCAACAGGAAGUGCUGUGGACUGGGUCCCACUUACCAGGAUGAAGUCUGGACCAGACUCAGGCAGGAUCGUUUACAUUUCACACAAUUGCGUUGGAGUGGCUGCACGGGCAUGCACAGUGGUCCCUUUAGAUCCUAUCAAGAUAAUGGAAAUCCUUAAAGACCGUCCCUCUUGGUUUCGGGAUUGUCGAAAAAUGGAAGUCUUUGCCAACUUUCCAGCUAGAAAUGGGGGAACAGUUGAGUUAAUCUACAUGCAAUUUUAUGCCCCUACUAUCCUGGCUUUUGCACGUGAAUUUUGGACACUCAGAUAUACUUCAACUUUGGAAGAUGGGAGCCUUGUGGUAUGUGAGACAUCGAUGUCGGGUUCUGGUGCUGCGCUGAGCUCACCUGCUGCUUUGGAAUUUGUAAGAGCCAAGAUGUUGGCAAGUGGCUAUCUGAUUCGGCCGUGUGAGGGGGAAGGGUCGAUCAUUCACAUUGUUGACCACUUGGAUCUCGAGGCAUUGACUGUUCCUGAGGUGGUGCAACCUCUUUGUGAGUCAUCCAAACUUGUGGCUCAGAAGAUGACAAUUUCUGAUUCAUACUGGCCUAGCAAGCCAACUCGGCGCCUUGUGACAGGUAUAAAGGUCAUAUCCAUGCUUCCCACAAUGGAAAUUUCAACUGACGUCUUUGCCCAACUGAAGGCGCUGCCCCUUUGCCUUCGCCUUCGCCAACCGAAGGCUCUGCCUCUUCAUCAAAGAGCUCUGGCAGAAUACCUAACUUCUGGGGUGGUGGUUUUUGAGGGUGGGGGAUGGUGGGUUUCACAGUGGGUUUUCGAGGGUGGGGUUGGGUGA